AUGGGUAGCAAAUGGCAAGAGACAGUAUGUUUUGCUGGAUUUCUAGUGGAAGGGAAGGGACAUGACUGGUGGUACUAUGUUAACGUGGGAGUGUGCCAUAGUUCUAACGAAUUUAUCGGUGCAUUCGAUAGCAUUUCCGUGCAAGACACUCCCGAGAAACCUAUCAAGCUUUCCAAGUCCCAGAUUCGCGAGAGAAAAAAGCAAGAGAAUAUAGAAAAGCAGCGUGAAUUGCGUCUGGCGGAUCUGUGCCAGAGGGGAACGAUGAAAUGGAACAAGAAGAGAGCACAUCACGAUCAGACUCGUUCCUACUCCUCAUUCUUUGCCCACCGUUCGCAGAAAGACGAGCUUCGCCGCGAUCAUCGUGUAGAGAUACGGUCCAAGUCACUCUCCAUGCUCAGUUCUGGUGAAUUUCAAGGCUACAUUGCAAUGAACUUGCUUAUCAUUGACCAUUUAGCUGUUGUCGUCAUCUUCGAACACUCUUUCUACAUUUUCGACAAGCGGCGCCAUCUCCAGGACAAGCAGGAGUCUGAUCCCUCUUUUUAUGUCGCUCUGGAGCAGUUGAACAUCGCAUGUCACGGUCGAUUCAUCUUUAAAUAUUAA